AUGGCGCCGAGAGUUCAUGAUAGUUCUCAUCAACCACCACCGAAAAAUAUGGUUGAAAGGUAUCACAAAGGCUGGCGCCGUGUUGGCAGGCAUUAUUUAUUAUUAUUAUGGAAAAAUUUUCUGUUGGCAAAGCGAAUGCCAAUUCGUACAUUCCUCGAAAUUACACUUCCAGUUUUCUUUGGCUUUGUUCUACUUGCUAUAAGGCAUAUUGUCAAAUCAGAAACAUUCAAAGACGAUACGACUUUUCAACCGUUCUCAAUUACCAAAUUUCCGACGUUCGAUGGAACUCAGCCAUCGGUGAUUGGUUUUGCGCCGAUGACAGUAUUCACUACGGCUGUUAUGAAUAGAGCUGCGAGAAGAAUCGGCUUAACCGCCCAGGCAUAUGUAAAUGAAACUGCACUUGUCAACGAAGUUAAUACUCAGAUGCCGGACUCGGUAUUUCUUGGAGGUGUUGUGUUUUCGAACUUGAACUUAACGUCAAAUAUUACGUAUAAAAUCCGAUUAUCUGCCAAGCUGAGAAAUUCCGGAUCAGGGGGAAUAUUCAAUGGAGAAAAUAAUUGGCGAACUAAUCUAAUAUAUCCAAUAUUUCCAAUUCUUGGGCCGAGAAAUAAAAAUAGUUCAUCUGGAGGAACACCUGGCUAUUUCAAAGAAGGUUUUCUUGCAUUACAACGAGCUGUGGAUAUGGAACUUCUUCAAGAACUGAAUCCAACGUUUAACUCAUCGAAUUUUGACAUUGAACUUCAACGUUAUCCGUAUCCACCUUAUAAAGCGGACAAUUUUGUUCUGGUUAUUCAAGUUUGGUUUCCAUUCUUACUGGUCAUGUCAUACAUAUUCGCUGCUAUUAAUACAGUCAAAAAUAUUGUCUACGAAAAAGAAANAAUGCACUGA